GCGGGCCGGAGGGAGGGAGGGAGGGCGGGCGAGGGGAGAGGACUGAACACCGGGGACCAGACGGGCCGGGCCGAGGGGCGGCGGCGAAAGGCAGAGCGCAGCGAUCUCUGUCGGGAAGCGCAACCUCCUCGGGCCCCGCGGGGCCGCGCAGGGGGCGUUCUCAAUCCCGCGCCCGCUCCCUCUUUCCAUCCCCUGCCGCCCGCAGGCCACCCCGGGGCCCGGUUAUCCGCGCGCGCGCACCCGGGCUCGGGCCCGUCCCCGGCCCUCGAGGGAGUCGCUGUCCUCACCGAGACCUCUGCAGCGGCCGCACCAGAGGCCGCCCGGGCAGGACCCCGGCGUGAGCAUCGAGCGCCCCCCAAGGAGUGCACGACCCCCGGAGCCACCCUCAACACGGACCGCGCCCGCCGGGCACACAAGAAUGGUCACUCAGAUACUCGGGGCCAUGGAGUCUCAGGUGGCGGGGGGCCCGGCUGGCCCGGCCCUGCCCAACGGGCCACUCCUUGGUACAAACGGAGCCAGUGAUGACAGCAAGACCAACCUCAUCGUCAACUACCUGCCCCAGAACAUGACCCAGGAUGAGUUCAAGAGUCUCUUCGGCAGCAUUGGUGACAUUGAGUCCUGCAAGUUGGUUCGGGACAAGAUCACAGGGCAGAGCCUCGGCUACGGGUUUGUGAACUACUCUGACCCCAACGAUGCAGACAAAGCCAUCAACACCCUCAACGGCCUCAAACUGCAGACGAAGACCAUCAAGGUGUCCUAUGCCAGACCCAGCUCCGCCUCCAUCCGGGAUGCGAACCUGUACGUCAGCGGGCUCCCUAAGACCAUGAGUCAGAAAGAGAUGGAGCAGCUGUUCUCCCAGUACGGCCGCAUCAUCACUUCUCGCAUCCUGGUGGACCAGGUCACAGGUGUCUCUCGGGGUGUGGGAUUCAUCCGCUUUGACAAGAGGAUUGAGGCCGAGGAGGCUAUCAAAGGACUGAACGGGCAGAAGCCGCUAGGUGCGGCCGAGCCCAUCACGGUCAAGUUUGCCAACAACCCGAGUCAGAAGACCGGGCAGGCCCUGCUCACUCACCUCUACCAGUCCUCCGCCAGGCGCUACGCAGGCCCCCUGCACCAUCAGACACAGCGCUUCCGGCUGGACAAUUUGCUCAACAUGGCCUACGGAGUCAAGAGUCCCCUGUCGCUCAUCGCCAGGUUCUCACCCAUCGCCAUCGACGGCAUGAGCGGCCUCGCGGGCGUCGGCCUGUCGGGGGGCGCGGCGGGCGCUGGCUGGUGCAUCUUCGUGUACAACCUGUCUCCGGAGGCGGAUGAGAGUGUGCUGUGGCAGCUGUUCGGGCCCUUCGGGGCAGUCACCAAUGUCAAGGUCAUCCGCGACUUUACCACCAACAAGUGCAAGGGCUUCGGCUUCGUCACCAUGACCAACUAUGAUGAGGCGGCCAUGGCCAUCGCCAGCCUCAACGGCUACCGCCUGGGCGAGCGCGUGCUGCAGGUGUCCUUCAAGACCAGCAAACAGCACAAGGCCUGAGCCACCGCCGCCCUCCCCACCCUUCCCGGGCAGCAGAGACAGAGAGAGAGAGAGAGAGAGAGAGAGAGAGAGAGAGAGAGAGAGAGAGAGAGAUUGAGAGAUUGAGAGAGAGAGAGAGACAGGGGCCCGAGAGAGACAGCGCAGGCAGACCACGGACGGCACGAGGGCCCCGUGUCCCUGCAGAAGCCACAGGGUGAGCACUCGGUGGGAGGGUCUGCAGGGAAUGGGAGGGCUCCUGGGGGUCCCCCACCCCGUCCUCCUGCCCCUCCCCCCCAGGCUGGGCUGUUCACUCUCUCGUCUUGGUUUUGUUCAUGGUGAAGGUUUUUGUUUCCUUUUUCGGCUAAAGUGAAAGCAGAGAUGUGCCCCCAGCACACCCUCAACCACCCUCCGUGGAUGGCUUGGGGGAGGGGUGCUGGGGGUGCCCUCCCAGGCCCCCUUGCCCAGGCCUCCCCAACACCUAGGUGAGCCUGAGAGGGGGGAACAGGUUUAAAAAUCCCCAAAAAAGCGAAACGUGAGAGGGGUGUGGGCAUCCCUGGCCCAGAGCCCCUUGGUGGAAUGUGAGGGGCAGGGGGAGGGGCUGGAAACAGAAACACAAUGAAAAAAACGGGGGGUGGGAGGGGAAGAAAAACUCUAUUUUUGUAAAAAGGGAAAAAAGACCUCGUGGAGAAUUUUUACUGGGGAUUCUUGAACUUGAAAAAAAAAAAAACACAAAAAAAGACAAAAAAAAAAAAGAAAAUAUUUUGGCAGGUUAUGUUUACCAACUGGGGCAGGGACACAGGGAGCAGGGCUUAGGAGCUGAGGGUCCAUGGGGCCACACAGAGAAACACAGCCAUGCAAAGACACACAGGGACACACACACACACACCCCACAGGGAUACACAGCAGCACAGACGGACCCAGAGACACGCCUCAGGAACUCCCUGGCCCAAUUCAGACACGUAGACAAACACAUGUAUAAACAACAGAAGACUGAAGUAUGGGGCUAUGUAAAUGUGGCCAUGGUGGACGUGGGCAGAUGCGGCCACGGGCAGAUGUGGACACUGGUGAAUGUGGCCGGGGACAAAUGUGGACACGUGCACACGUGGACAUGGGAACAUUUCCACACGUGCCUCUGGCCACAUGGAAGUGGAGACAGUUACAUUUGGACACACAAAUCUAGACACCCAGUCAUGGAGAAACAUAGUCACAAUACCCAGAGACAGACAUGCCCACAGCAUCCCUCAGGCCCAGGCGAGAGGUCACAGCCCAGACCCCAGCCCAGUCCAUAGCCCACUUCCUCCAGCGAGGCCGGCCCACCCCUCCUCCUGGCACUCAGCCCCACUCGCCCCUGCCCCAGGUUCUCUGCAGAGCUCUCUCCUGGCUCCUCAAUGGUCCCUGCCGCCCACGAACACAGGCGUGAACACACAGCGUCCAUGCAUCCAGACACACGAUACCUCGUUGUCCUUUUGGCAUCAUGGUGGGCUGGAGGCAGCCCACCCAACGCUUGAGGCCAAAGGACCCCCAUCCCUGGGGCUGAGCCUCCCUGGGCCGAGGCCCUGGCCCACGAGGCCGAGGGGGAGGCCAGGCCCUGAGCCUCUCCACUCCAGAGCCUCCUUAGCAGCAAGUGCCCCGACACUCUCCGCCAGGCCCAGGGUGGAUGGGCCCAGGGGCCCAGCCCCGCAUUCCCUUUCCGUCCACUUGUCACCCCCUUUCAGUUUGUUGGGUUUUUCCGUCUUUCCAGAUCAGUGAGGGCAGUGGACGCAGCCCCUAUCCCGAGCCCCGGCCUUGGCUUCUGUCUGGACUUUCCAUCCCCCUAGUUUUCACUCUUUGUAAAAAACAAACAAACAAAAAUCCAAUAGAAGCCAAAAGCCGGAGCCCCCUGGGAGCCCUUGAAGCCCCCACCCCCCGCAGAGGGCCCAGUCAGAACUGAGAAUGGCAAACCCCGAUUUUAGCCUCAGUGCCCUUUCUGUGGUGUCCCUGCAUUUGGUGUCUGGCCAUGGCCCCAUCUGACUGCCCAGCUCUCUCUCCCCCACCCCUCCCGGUGUUGUUAUUAAACGUCUGUGGAGCUUCUGCUGCAAGGAACAAAAAGAAAAAAAAAAAAAAUCAAAAAAGCGACAAAAAAA